AGCAGGCAAACAAGCAGGCAAGCAAUUCCCUGGCAGCAUCAAAUCAAUGAGGGAUCACUACUACCUAUCCACCGAGGUCCUCCGAGCAAGGAUCGAGUGACUCUCAACUCAACUCAACCCCUAACCUACAGUAGUCGAACUUCAGGGCAAAGCAUUCCGCUGAUCAGACAGUAUCUACGACCCGUUGUCAAUCUGACGUGAAUGUUGGGUAGGCAGAUUCGAUGCUGGAGCUUCCCGGCUUUCUCUACAAUCUGGACUGCGUGGAAACAGACCCCCUUCGUAGCAAGGAAAAUAUGGCGUUGGGUUUAUCACAACAGGCGGCGCUUUCAGAUAUUGCAUGUGUCGCCAUAAUUUCCACGCACGGCGAGCUGACGGAUUGCAGCUCGGCGUUUUGCAAAACGAUUGGUUAUGAGGAGAGCGAUCUCCUCCACCGUCCGUUCGAAGAGAUUGUACACCACAGCGACAGGAGCUGUUUUCAGGGUGCGCUCAAGAAGGCUCUAGUACACAAAACAGCAUUCGAGCUUCGUCUGAGAUGUCACAAUGGCGUCGUCGCAUGGUUUGACGUCUCCAUGCGACCGGCUCUAGCAGACCAUUCCACAGAUGGACCAGUCUCGUCCUAUUACUGCAUGUUCCAUGACAUCUCAACGCGGAAAGCCGCAGAGAAGCGGCUUCUGGAAGGGCUCGGACGGUGUUUUGGGCUCUGUGGAGCAUCUUUUGGAGACUUCGAUCCGCCAUCUUUAUACCAAGACCCAGAGACAUUUCUCUACAGACUUAAUCUGGUUGAAGAAAGUCUCAAGACUGGACUGGAGAAUGAGAAGUUCAGAAGAAUAUUUGAAAUGUCAAUGGACCCGGUAUUUAUAGUUUCUGACGGCAUGGUCAUUCAGGACUGCAACGAAGCAGCCGUCAAGAUCCUGAAAUUCAAUGACAAAUCCGAGAUAGCGGGAAAGGUGGACGUGGCAAGCCUGACGCCGGAAUUCCAGCCGGAUGGAACGAGAUCCCUCGACAAGUUGGAUGAGUUCCGCCGCCCGGUGUUCUCUGGAGGCUCUGCGAUCGGCGAGUGGUGGCACUAUGCGUCGGAUAAAUCCCUCAUUCCUGUCCUCGUGAAAGUUCAGUGUGUGCAAGCCAACGGCCGCAGCCACUUUGUAACAGUGUGGCACGACCUGACUGAUACGAAGGAGCACGAGGAGGCCCUCAGAAAAGCGCGGGACAACGCGGAGCGAGCCAACGAGUCCAAGAGCGAGUUUCUCGCCAAGAUCAGCCACGAGAUCCGCACGCCAAUGAACGGUGUGAUCGGUGUCGCGGACCUGCUUCUAAGGACAGGAUUGACCGACGAGCAGCGGUCGUACCUCGAGGUGAUCCGCACGUCUGGGGACGCGCUGCUGAGGAUCAUCUCGGACGUGCUGGACAUCAGCAAGAUUGAGGCGCACUCGUUACAGCUGGAGUCGGUGCCGUUCGAUUUGAGGGUGGCGGUAGCUGAAGCCGAGUCCACAGUGCGGGUCCUCGUGCUGCAGAAAGGUAUCCAGCUUCUCGUCGACGUGGAUCCCACCGUUCCUUCAUGCAUAAUCGGGGACCCCAGCAGGCUGCGCCAAGUGCUGCUCAACCUCCUCUCCAAUGCCAUCAAGUUCACCUCCAGGGGCCAUGUGAAACUACGUGUGACCUUGGGAACAUCGUCUGAAAUUCCAGCAGCGGCAGCAGAGCCACAAGCAGCAACAGCCGAGCCUAUUGCACUCCCAGCUGAGAGAGGGCCCGCGUCAGCAGAGCCAGUAGCAGUGUCAGCACAGCAAGCAGCAGCGUCAGCAGAGGCAGGAGCAGAAUCAGCGGAGCCCGGUGCAGCAUCAGCAGGACUCAAGGCACCUCUCAAAGAGAGCAACAGAAAGAGAGCGAGGUGUGAGAGUAGGGGUGAGGCGCGGGCAACGGGGGCAAGAUUCGAAUAUGAGGACGGAGGUGCCGCCUCGAGCCACGACGUGGGCCAAUUGGGCUCUGAGAAUGACAAGGCACGGCUGGAGUCCGGCCCGAGAAGUGGGGCCUGCGAUUGUCAGCCAGAAGAAGGGGCAAGCGGGAAAAAUGGGCGAGUGCAAGCAAGAAGAGAAAGAGACGGCAGAGCAGGUGGAGCUGGUGGAGGGCCUAGUAGUGAGCAUGGGACGGCUGUUCUGGGACUGGCAUCAGGUGUUGCAGCGGAGAAAACGGGGCCAGCAGCAGCAACAGCUGCAGCAGUAGCAGUAGGAAGAGGGGCAGCAGCAGCAGCAGCAGCAGCAGCAGGAGGAGGAGGAGCAGGAGGUCUCAAUCUUGCUGCAGCUGAUGCAGCAGAGGCACAGCAUGGCGACCAGGCAGGGUCCUUCAGCACAGAGCAGCAGAUUCAGGGUCCACCCCAGAAGCAUUUUCCGAUAGAGGGUCCUGCAGCGAGGCAUGCUCCGGUGGAGGGACCUCCAGGGAAGCCACGGGUGGUGAUGGUGCGCUUUGAGGUGUCCGACACGGGAAUCGGCAUUCCCCAGCAGAUGCUGCCGAAGCUGUUCCAGCCUUUCAUGCAGGCCGACAAGUCAACCUCUCGGAGGUACGGAGGCACCGGGCUUGGUCUGGCCAUCUGCCGGUCUCUUGUCACCCUAAUGGGGGGAACCAUUUCCGCCUCCUCUCUCCCAGGCCAGGGCUCCUGCUUCUCCUUCGCCCUGCCAUUCACUCUCCCCCCUGAAACCUCCUUGGAAGCUCCUGGGGCCACACACACUCGUGAUGCUACUAGGUGCAGAGAGGUAGGCAUAGGUGGAAGCGCAGGAGGGAAAGCAGGAACUGGCUCAGGCUCAGGCUCAGGCACAGGCAAAGUAGAGACGCCUGUUUUGCUUGGUUCCCCUGCGCCUGGUAAUCAGCCCUUGAGCCAGUUACAUCCCUUCAGCAGUACUAGCAGCAGCAGCAGCAGCGACCCCGCUCUUGUUGCAACACACACCAACACAACCACCACCAUCACUGCUGCCACUACCACCCGAAACCCAACUGUUACUAACAGCAUCCCCACUUUCACUUCAACUAUCGCUCCAACUCCCGUGUCGGCAUCCGAAGGCUCCCACCCUAGCCAUAGCACUUGGGCCCCCCUAUCCACAUCCCCAGAAACCCGAACCCUCCAUCCUCCUCCUGUGCCUACUGCCCCUUUCACCAGCAAACAACCGCUUCUCCCUCCUUCCAGAAGCCCUCCCGUCCCCACCACUUCCAUUGGACCCCUCCUCCCUCACACUCACCUCCGAUCCUCCCCUGCCACGAGGCAGGGCUCAUUCGUUAUCCCACAUGCCAAUCCACCUGGUCUCUCUGGUUCGAGUUCACUCGGGGUUGCAGCUGGUGCCGCCGCCAUAGUGCCACCUGGUCGUGCUCCCAGCAGCUCCCAGUCCACAGCAGCGCCACCUACUGCAGAGCUGACCUCGUUUGCAGGGCUGAGGUGUCUGGUGGUGGAGGACAACCCUGUGAAUCGAAUGGUUGUGGUGCGGCUGCUGGGCAGCCUUCAGGUGACCUGUGAUGUGGCAGAGGAUGGGGUCAAGGCUGUGGCAGCAUGCCAAGAGAAGGACUACGAUGUCAUCUUCAUGGAUGUGCACAUGCCAGAGAUGGAUGGUUAUGAGGCAACCAGGCGGAUCCGAGAGCUUUCUCAAGUGAACGGCAGCACAUCACCAUCACCACCUUGCACAUCACCAUCACCACCUAACGCAUCGCUAGAACAUGGUGCCGUUAUCAGCAGCAACAGCAGGUAUUUCUUCAAGCCUCCUAGCACUACAAUGAAUAGACCCCUCAUCACAGCACUUACAGCAAGUGCACUCAAACAUGAACGUGACAAGUGUGCAAGCAUAGGGAUGGACGCUUUCCUCACGAAACCCGUUCGAGUCCACGACCUGGAAGCUGUCCUUCGACCAUACUUUUCACAUGGCUGUAGAAGAGCAUAGAAUCAGAUCUAGUACUUGUGUGUGAUAUCUGGAUGUUUUUUAGGGCUCCAUAGAUAGGGGUGUUCAGGGUUCUGUAUAUUAUUUAAGUUCACUUUUACAUAUUAGGCUG